AUGUUCACAAUACCUAAAAGGCCCCAUUUCCUUCACCCCAAAAAUGUCAGAUCUGUAAUGAAUCGCGCUACUUUAGAACAAAUAAUCAGGGUAGACCAUGCUGGUGAAUUAGGGGCUGAUCGUAUAUAUGCAGGACAAAUGGCAAUACUGGGACACACUUCCAAAGGCCCCUUGGUGAGGCACAUGUGGGAACAAGAAAAACACCACAGGGCAACCUUUGAAAACCUCAUUCAGAAGCAUAGAGUUCGUCCAACGGUCAUGACCCCCAUUUGGAAUGUAGCUGGAUUCCUAUUAGGUGCUGGGACAGCUCUACUUGGAGACAAAGCUGCUAUGGCUUGCACAGUUGCAGUUGAAACAGUGAUAGUUGAGCACUACAAUGACCAAUUGAGGAUGCUCUUGGAGGAUCCGGAAUGCAACAAAGAGCUAUUGGAAACAAUUACUAAAUUCAGGGAUGAAGAACAGGAACACCAUGAUACUGGUAUUGACCAUGGGGCUGAACAGACUCCAUUUUAUGAAACAAUCUCAAAUGUCAUCAAGAUAGGAUGCAAGGCUGCUAUUCAAAUUUCCAAGGUCAUUUAA